UCCCAAGAUCUCAUCGCCUCGCGCUGAGAAAUCGAGAACCUACUUUUUCAACGGUACAUGUCCAAGUCGUGGGCACGGAGGGCAGGGUUCCGUACCUUUAUCCGUGAACCCAGGCCAUGAGAAUCUUGUCCAGGAACGAUUUGAGCGAAGUUUCCAAAACCCAAGCCCGCUUUCAUCCGCAUCCAACGACCCAUCGCACACUGGGCCAUACUUGUUCUUUACUGGUUCAUGGCCGAUUCCAAAAAGCACACACCAAAUCACCCUGUAUACACGUUCACAAGGAUCCUUCAACCGAAAUUCCAUACUCCCAGUAACCACUUGGUUCACGACUAAACCCGAAACUGGUCAAGAGAUAGACGGCUUGGCCAGUAUCGUGUUCUCUUGCAUACUCGCCUAUACCCUCUCCGGUUCAUGCUUGCGCUUCUACGCUUAUGCCUGGAACACCAGAGGAACCCGCCUGCAGCUGCAUGCAUCCUGGUCUGUGUAUGCUAUCGUACAUCAGAAAUGGUUAGCGUCCCAUCACGCACUCGCU